AUUUAGGAUUUCGCUGCCGCUGCGUAGUGCGUAGUCUCUUAUUCAGUUGAUUACUUUCCGGAAUACAAGGAUUCAACGUCUGUAUUCUAUUUCUUCACAAGUUUUAUUUUCAAAUUACAAAGUACUAAGUUAACUAUUUAUUUUUUUCGCGUGUAUCGUGUAUAAAAAUUACGCUAAUUAUUUAUAGUUAAUUAAAUAUAUAAUCAAUUAAUUAUUAAAUUAAAUCAGUGUUAAAAAUUAAUUACAAAAUACAAGAGCACGAGAUUCAGUCACGGCUUGAAUUUUUUUUUAAUUUUUAAUUAAGAAAAUAAAUAUGUCGGAUUCACGACAAUCGAGUGAUCUUGACGAGUACGUUCUCCAUGUGAGCAACAUACCCCAGGAGUUGGAUACCGAUGGCCUGCACCGAGUCUUCCGUCAGUACGGCGCAGUGACGUCACUGGUGGCACCGGACAAUAAAUUUGCCUUCGUCUCGUACAAAACAUUCGCCGAAGCCGAAUCAGCGAUCGCGAAUCUCGACCGUCAGAAGCCGAUGUUCAUGCGAGUUAAAUUUAGCAGCAGAUCAUCAAAUUUGGCUGACACACCCGCGAUACCUGAGGGUUUACUGACACCAGUGACACCUGGACCAAGAACUCCAUCAUCAGCAACUCCAGUAACUUCAAUACCUGAGCGCGAUUUUCGCUUCAGCGAAUCAGGGCUGCCGUAUCACGGCCGAGCGACACCAAUUUUACCACCGGUACCCAUGUCUGCAUCCCGUUACGAGAUGAACGGCCGCCAUUACCCGAUAAACCCCGAGCUCUACAAGUACUACGAUGACCUAGAGUAUCCUGACUCAAGUGCGCUUUGGACUCGCGGUCAAUUGACUAUUGAUUCAAUGGGCCGUCGCAAAAUAACUGGAGGCCGCGGUUACGUUUACUACGCAAUUCCAGACCCCAAUCCAGCAGCAAUUGUCCAGGCCAGCAAAAUUAUUGAGCAACGUAACCCAGGUCGUUAUGUCGCUGGUGCUGAUCAGCUGAGUCAUUUAAUUGACAAAUGUAUCGUUUGUGCGCGCGAGGCUGCUCAUUGCUGUUCCAAUUGUGCCUCCAGUUACUGCAGCCGCGAUUGCCAGAUCCAUGACUGGCCCAGACACAAAAAUGAAUGCAGUUCUGUACCUCCAUUGGCUACCAAAUCUGAACUGACCAAUGGACAUUCCAGGCCAGAUUCUAAUACUGGUCAUCCUGGUGCUAAUAUUGAUGGUACCGGUUUGAAAUCCAAGAUUCCUGGGUCAGAUCAUCAAGAUCCAGGUGUUCCAGGUCUAAAUCCUGGAGUUCCAGGUGCCCAGAUAAAAACUACUGGCAGUCAACAUGCUAAUCUUGAUGCUACCGGUUCAAAAUCUAGGAUUUCUGGUCCGGGUCAUCAAGUUCCAGGUGGUCCAGUUCAAAAACCUGAUGUUCCUGGUGCUAAUACUCAAGUUCCAAGUGGUCUGAGUACUGCAGACAAAUUAGCUGAUAAUUUAAACCAACUAAAGUUAUCCCAGAACUCAGAACGUCCACAAGACAAAAUAAAUAAACGCGCUGAUGAAUCAACUCGCGAAAAUUACCAGCGUUCAAAGUCUCAUCCAGAAGAUCAACGCCGCCGAGAACCUUCUCGCCAGGCAUCAGUUCCAUCCGACGUCAAAAAAACGGAUUUGAAUGCGAGAUUAGAAAAUUGCCGUCGUCCUGUCAAUCUUUCAGACAAAGACUUUGAGUUCAAACGUCAGUCGACGUUCUUAUCAUCCAGCAGCUUCACCGAAGUACAAAUCACUGACGUCCACGCCCCCAGUGUCUUCAGCGUCCAGAAGACCUGCGACGUCGCCAAGUUGACGGAACUGAUGCAGAAUUUGAAUCAAAACAUCGCCAAGUUCCCGCGAGUCACCGAAAUAAUUCCGGACAAAUUCUACGGGGGAAUUUACGACGGAAUUUGGCACCGAGUCCAACUAGUACUCGGACCCACGCCCAAAAUAGAUUACGUCGACUACGGAACGAUCGUCGAGGCAUCUCCAGACCUGGAGUUACGUGACAUUGGAACUCUAGCCGAGCCUCCGCGUUAUUCUCAGACCAUCCGAGUUCCGUUACCGCUACCAAAUGCACCAGAGUAUCAGAAUUUGUCAGCAGAUUCGAAGAUUCUUGUGAAAAUGACCAGUCAGGACGGAGACAUCAUCAACGUUGAAGUAUUCGAGAAAGAUCCUCAGCCUCGCAAAGCUCCCAGCACUGACUCCAUCAAAAUGCGACCACCGAAAAUAGUCCAGCAUCCAAAGGAACCUUCAGCAGAACCCCCCAGACCAGCACCCAAACCGGAACCUAGACCAGCACCAGCACCAGCGCAAUCUGAGCUACCCAGUGUCCUAAGUCGUCUACCAAAAGGAACCAAAGCCACCAUCGAAGUCCCCCAGGUCCUGGACACCAACUCAGCGACCUGCGUCAUCCUGACCCCGGACCUCGCUGACUAUUACGACCAACUGCUCCUGCCAUUGAAGCAGGACUGCGAUGACUCAGCACCAGAGUACUCGCAGUUCCUCCCUAAAGUUAACGACCUGGUCUGCGCGCUCAAAGAAGACGGAUUUUGGGUCCGCGGGCGCGUGCUCUCGAUCACUCCCAAGCUGAAAGUCGCUUCCUUGGACGAGGGAAUUAUUUGCGAGGUCGUAAAAAUGAUUCCGUUGCUGCCUCGUUAUGCCGAGGUUCCAGUUUUCGCCUGUUUAAUUAAAACUCCUGACGCUUUUCCACUCAAAGAUCAGUCGACGACUCAGAUAAUCGUCACCGGAAGCUCUGGUGAUUCAAUCGACGGCGAAUUUACUGAACUCGCGUACCAGGGACGCAAAUUACAACUUAAACCCUGGAUCAUUUCCACUCAACAAAAUGGCCGCCCCAGUACUCAAAAUGGCGGCGUUCCAAACGGCGGGAAAAUUCAAAUUCCCAAUGGCGCGAAAUUUGAAAAUUCAAAAGUUGAAAUUAAAAAUAAUGGACAGAUUGCAAUCCAAUCGUAUAGAGACGCAUCUUUACUAUUUAUCAGAUCACUAGAAGCCAAAGAAGUCGAACGGUACCACAGAAUUGUCCAGGAAACGGCGCGUCUGGCCCAGACUUUGCCUCCAGUUAAAAAAAUAUCAAUUGGCGACAAAGUUAUCGCGCAAUUUAAAUUAGAUGACAAUUAUUAUCGCGCGGUUGUCGUUGAUGUCAAAGACCAGGAUGUCAAGAUCGCGUACCUGGACUUCGGUAACCAGGAAGUGACUGACGUCAAACGAUUGAGAGAAAUGCCGGAGUCGUUGAAGCAGCAGAGCGACUGCUGCGUAAAAGUUCUGCUGAAGGGAAUUGAAAAAUUGCCGAUGAAUGCUGAGGCCAAUGCGUACCUGGGUGUCAUUGCUGACCAGGAGACCCCGUUUAUUUGUAAUUACGAUGAUAAGAUCCAAGAUGGCGUCGUCCUGGUCGGCAGCGACGGCACGAGAGUCAACGACAUGAUAAAUAAAUUUCUGCUUCCCAAGUGGAAAGAAGAAAAACAGGAAGAGAUCUUGAAGCUAUCGGACAUUGAGAUGGGAAAGUUGGGACAAGUUGGCGGCAAUUCGAUGGCUCUGUGCUUUGGCGCACUGGAACCUGGGUACAAAUACGUUUUUGCUCCGAUGGACAGAGAACUUAUCGCUCACUUGUCGACGGUCUUGCCGGGACAGCUGAUGGAGUAUGCGGAGAAAAAUGAAUUUUACAUUCCGAGGGUCAAUGAGUUGUGUGUCGCGAUGUAUGAAGGCGAGUGGUGCAGGGGAUGCUGCUUCAAUCCUAGGGCUAAAGAAAAUUCAGCUGAAAUUUAUUUCAUGGACUAUGGAAAUGUUGCGCCGGUGCUGCAUAAGGACCUGAGGAAAAUGACGAAAGAUUUUAUGAGACCGUGUGCUUUGGGUUGCAUUUGCAAUGUUGUUGAUAUUGCACCUCAAAGUGGCCAACCAUCACCGCAAUUACUCGCACGACUUAAAGAGCUUUUGCAGUACAACAGCUCCUACAACAUUCGCGUCCUGAUGUACGAAGACGACGAAUGGACUAUCGAGAUUCCAGAGAUAAAGUCGACUCUAAUUAAAGAAGGACUGAUUACUCCUUAAUUUAAAAAAUUAUCUAUUAAUCACUAAUUACUCAACAUUAUCCCCAUCUUCAUAUUAUUUAUUUUUAUUUCCCUAUCAAAUUUUUCUUGCAUUUUUUAUUUAUGAACCAACAUUUUUUUUUUCUUUUUUUAUUUUGAUAAAAAAAAGUAUUUUUUUUCACGCGAGUAAUUAUAAGCGAUAAUUACAUUCAUGUUUUUUUUUACAUUAAUUUUUUAAGAUAAAUUUUACUCGCUCUGAUUACAAAAAAAAACUGACAGCUUUUUAUG